GAAUCCACAGUCGAAAAACCUCCUCUACCUCUUUGCCAGCGAUCUUACUGUUGUGUGUUGGAAAACGAGUGAUGUAUACUAUGUGAAAUUACUCAGAUGUUCAUAGUUCCCUAGUUGAUGCUAUGAAAUUCUCCGAUGCACAUUGUGCUUGCCCUGCUGGAACGACUCUAUAAGUAGGCUGGGCUGGAAUGCAAGCUGCGUAUGAAAUCAUAAUUUAAACAACGUUACAUGACGUAGGAGUAUGAGAAGUCUCCAGAGAGAAACCACCUUUUUUGAACGCGCUCGGCUCAAUUCACGGCCAUUUGCGCAAUUCCUCGCGUACGUGAACUGGGGAUGAAUUCCUAACGAAGCUCGAGAGACCCUGAAGAAAUGGCGCUGACCGUAUCCUCGGCCCGUGUUUUCAACGGAAACGUGGGAAAAGAGGGCUACACCUCUGGCACUGCGGCUUCAACAGGCUCCAAAUGUCACUGUUGCCCCUUUGGCUACCACAUUGAUCUGGAUUUCGUUGAAUAUUGUGAAGCAGUUGCAGCUGGAACUGUCGGGGACAGAUCUACCCUAGAGCGUCGCAAGAAGCGAGAAAAACGGAGGCAAUGCCAGUCCAUGGAGAUCCUGUUAGGCCUGGCCAAUCCCGUUCUGAGCGAUAUUGAAACAGAAUUAUCCCAAUUAUCGCCAAACCCGGCUAUCUCGCCCAGGAACAAUCUAGUGACCUUGCCAAGGCCAGGUCACACUGGUCGAUCAACAGGGAAUGUGGAGAAGUCAACGGCCAGGGACUUGAAUGAUGCCAUCGGCGAUUUUGAGGCGACCCUCAAAAGACUCUCAAAACCCUCCAAGAAGAAUAAUCGGUAUAAGAACGAGGUUGAGACCGAUGGAACAUCACCGAUAUCCCCCCUCCACAAUGCUGCUCACGUGGAUCGAGCCAUGGAUUUUGAUAACGCAAGCAUUGGAAGUGGAAAUUCAAAUCACAGCACUGGAACUCUCCAGAACAUUAGGGAGCAAAUGGCGGUAUCGCUGGAACGAAUGCGGGAAUUGGAAGAGCAAGUUAAAGCUAUACCAAUAUUACAGGUUCAAGUGUCAAUCCUGAAGGAUGAGAAGCGUAAUCUGCAGAGCCAAGUGCAGGAACUCAACCGAACAAGACUGAGCGAAAUAAACGAUCAGAGAUUGAGAAGCCAAUCGCUCUCGGAGCGACAUUGUCCCCGAAAUUCAAGCGCUACCCGAGACAUGGGCACAAUGUGCGGCAUCAUGACACGAGACGUUGGUGUAUCUCAUCAGCAGAUUCGUACACGCGAUGUGGGAAUGGUGACAAGCACACCAAUCCAACCGUUCGGUGAUCCUAAAUCGAGGGAGUUCGCAGCCCUGAGGAUCGACGAGAGGGACUUGGAUCGCAGACAAAAUCUAUCCCCAAACCUGACGCGAAGUACAAAGUUAUCGUUUUCAGGGAGUGACACUUGCAGUUUGUCCAGACUCUCGAGGAGCAGUGAAACAAGUGAGGGCACUUCACCUGAAGUGUGCCGGAAUAAUUCACUGGGGAGAGGGCCAUUAAAGGUGGAGAGUAUUCUGCCGGAUUUGAAGCAGCUCAAAGACUGCUCAACCAGUACAGACAAGCCUCGAAGAACGACGUCCUCCAUUGGUACUGGAACGUCAUUGAUGAUGAAAGACGUUUACACGUCUGACGACAUAGCUUUCAUCGUUGAAGAUGCCAUCAAAACGUACAAACAAGCUGUGAAGAAGGCGACAUCGACGCAAGGAGUUCAGUGCAGUUUGCAGAGCCCAAUGAAAAAGCAUCAGGAGACGCAGGUGUCAGAGCCAUUCAGAAUGAAAUCAAAUGUCGGAGUCACAGCGAAACCCAGGACUACAGAGGUGGGGACUGAGGUGGGACCUGGACCUGGGACAAGGUCAAUCGCCACUGGACCCGAUCCCAUCUCGAUUCAGACGAUUUCACUGAACUCAAUGAACUUACGGAGCCACUCGUUCAAUUAUGGUGACACAAAACCAAAACGUAAAACCAGUAAAUCCAUCGGUCUCAACGUUGAAGGCCUCAUCAGAACUACAGCGAGAAGCACUGACACCACAGGUCUCACCCCGAAAACCCGUGAAUUUGGCACCUCCCCAAUCAAAAAGAAAUUCGUGGAUGUUUCGGUUGGGGACUCUCUCAAACCACACAUUGCUAUAUCGUGCGCUGCUAAUUACUGUGACAACUGCAAAGAAACGAUUAAAUCACUUGCCAAACAGAUGUCCAGCAGCACUGAGAGUCAUUAUAAAAAUGUUGAGAGUCAGAGCGCAAAUGUCACGUCUAAAAUACCACGACCUUCUCACAUUCCCCUCAACACGCAAGAUUUUAGAAGGCAAUUCAAGAGACAAGACACUUAUACCAAAAUUCCCACUGGGGUCAUUCGGUAUGAUGCUGAUAACAGGGAGAACUAUGAGAUGAGCAGCAAUAAACUUGAACGACUCGAGGCCGAGGAAAGCCGCGAGGAGAAUAAAAAAUCCGCCCUAUCACCACCUGAGAAGGAAGUCCACAAAGAAGAGAAGCUCCCCGACUCGGCCCUCUUCGAGCCAAUAAGAGACAAAUCUCGAGUGAAGAAAGAGCCCUCCAAAGAAAUGCGAGCCGCCCUGAAAGUGCUCAACGACAAUCUGCGAAAAUCCCCGAGUAAAAACAUCUCCCAUCAAACGAAGAAUGCAGCGAACAUAAUCCAACAGGAGUGGUUCAACAUAUCGAGUACAGUGACAGCAAAUCCCCUGGACGUCGAGGACUACCUCGACUGUUUCGAAGAAUACUCAAGCUAUCUCCUCGAGUACAUCGUCAACAUGACUGAUUCAAGUGGCAACACAGCAAUGCACUAUGCCGUGUCCCACGGUAAUUUCGACGUCGUCUCGAUUCUGCUGGACUCCAAGGUCUGUGACAUCAACAAGGCCAAUGUGGCUGGAUACACAGCAGUGAUGCUUGCAGCACUGGCUGAAGUGAGGAAUUCCACGCAUGCAUCAGUGGCCAACAGGCUCUUUCAGCUCGCAGAUGUCAACAUCAGGGCGAAAUUACAUGGGCAAACAGCUCUUAUGCUUGCUGUCUCACACGGACGUAAGGACAUGACGCAUCUGCUGUUGGAGGCUGGUGCAGCUGUCAACAUUCAGGACGAGGAUGGCAGUACAGCUCUCAUGUGCGCUGCUGAACACGGCCACACAGACAUCGUCAGGAUGCUGCUGUCUCAUCCUGAUUGUGACUCGUCAAUUACCGACGUCGAUGGCAGCUCAGCACUGAAAAUAGCCCUUGAGGCUGGCCACCGUGACAUUGGCAUUUUGCUUUACGCCCACGAGCACGUUAAUCGAGGCACAAGUCCCUACUCAUCCGUGAGGAGAAGUCGAAGGGGCUCCAAGCCCACAACACCCACCGGGCCAUCGCCGUCAGCACCAGCAAGUCCUGCACCUUCUCGUCGAUUUCACACAGCCAACACCACUUCCAAAUAUUCAGCGAAGUAAAUUCAUCUCAUUGUUUCUCAACAACAUCUCUAUUUUUCUAUAAAAUUUUAUAUGGAACGUAGACUGUUUGCGUUUCUCAAGAGGAGAAAACUAGUCACUCAUCUUUCUCACACCGGGGAUUAGCAGUUUUCUCUCAGGGUGCUGGAUUAUUAAAUCUCUUGGUGCUGUAUUCUACAUUUUCUCGAGAGAGACUCGGUAAAUUCCCAUUCUCUGUACUCAUUCGAUGUGAUAUUUUCACGAUACAUUCGACUUGUCGAUUGGAACGGGGAGAUUUUUACGAAAACUUAUUAGUUGUUGUCUUCCAAAUGCCAAAUUGCGGGUUGGAAGGGGGAGAAUUUUAUUCAACAUUCCAUGUGAUGGGAAAAAGCUCAAAAUAGAAAUUUUACACUGGCCUAAGGGGUUCCUGCUGACCUUUGGGGGUUUAUUGUCGGUUUUUUUCCCUUCAUCGUUCAUUGAAAUUUCUUUCUCUUGUCGUUGGCGAUGGCUGAGGGGGGGAGCAGGAAGGAAAGCGAAGGGAAUUGAGGUACAUGUAUGAGAAAGUUUGAGAAAACAUUCGAGCGCUUCCUCCAAGAAAUUGUAUUAGAGUUCUAUUUGAAAAUUCUGUUUGUUCAUUGCGCCAAUUCUAUUGAAAAUCAUGUCAUUUUCACGU